AUUGUGGUGCCGGAGCUGUGACACGUGCAGAGAGCAGCAUGGCGGCGUGCAGUGUGGAAGACGUGCUGGCUAAAGCCGAGCGGGACGAGGCGGAGCGGCUGAAGAGCAUCAGCGUGGUUAAAGAGCUGGAGCUGGAGUUCGACGUGGGGAACCUGCUGGCUCUGGAUAAGAACCCGGUGGAGCUACGGGGUCGGAGUCAGGACCGCGAGGAGUUGCUGCGGGCACUGGCGAGAGACAACGUGCAGCUACUGGUGAACGAGAUCUGGAAGCUGCCGGCGGAGCGCACGGACGACGUGCUGGUGGUGAAGCUGCCCGAGGCCAGCACCAAGCUGCCGCGAGAGAAGCCCCUGCCCAAGGUGAGACCCCCGACGAAAUGGGAGCAGUUCGCCAAGCUGAAGGGCAUCCAGAAGAAGAAGAAGACCAAUCUGGUGUGGGACGAGGUGCACAAGGAGUGGCGAAGGCGCUGGGGCUACAAGCGGGCUAAAGACGACACUAAAGAGUGGCUGAUCGAGGUGCCGGAGACCGCCGACCCCAGCGAGGACCAGUUCGCCAAGAGGAACAAGGCUAAGAAAGAGCGAGUGGCUAAAAACGAGUUCAACCGCCUGCGCAACAUCGCCCGGGCCAGCAAAACACCAGUAGCCGGGCUGGGGCUCGCACCCAGGGCGCAGCAAUCCAAAUCAGAGCUGGCUCAGGCCGUCAGCGUGGCCAGGACCUCCACAGCCUCGGUUGGCAAGUUCCAGGACCGGCUGCCUAAGGAAAAAGCCCCGAGGCACACCGGCAAGAAGAGGAAGUUCCAGCCUCUGCUCGGGGACUUUGGGAACGAGAAGCAGAAGCAGCUGGAGAUGCUAAAGGUGAUGGAGACCAAGAAGCCACGCUUGGACGUGACCAAAGCUGUGAACAAACAGUUGAGGGAGGAUGAGGAGGAGGAAGGACGAACAAGAAGGAAGAAAGGGUCAGGGAAGAAGGGAGACCGAGGAAAGAGAGGUGCUGCUGGAGGAAAAGGAAAGGGUGCCAAAGGCUCUAAAGGUGGCAAAGGCGCCAGAAGCACCAAAGGCAAGGGGCGAGGCCCUCAUAUGAAACAGGGGAAGCGCUGAUUGUAAUGGACUUUGUGUUUAUGUGAACUGAGAUGGACAUCUGACUAUUACUGAUCACAUUACACAUACUAAUUUAAGUCAUGCAAACCGUAACAGUCAGAACUGAUACAAUCCUAUUGGACGGUCUCAGCCUGUAAGGUGUAUGGCUAGCAAAAAUAUAUUUUUUUGUGUGCAUUACAAGUCUGUGCAACCUGAAAACAAGAAGUGGAGUGUUGUCAUUGUAACCAUGCCUGUGUAUGUAUUACACACAUAUUAUUUGUGAUCUGUUGGUUUUCCAAACACAUUUGGAGCAUCAGUGCCCUUGUUUUCACUUGCCUGUUGGGUCUUUAAACACUGCACUGCAAGUUUUUUGAUAAAGCUUUCUUGAAUAAAUGUUAUAUGAAAAUUUUGUUUAAUGCUGUAUCCUGUUCUGAAGGUUUGUUUACAUCAGUCUGAUUGGGAGUAAGCGUUAUUUAUUUUCUUUAGUUAUCUAGAUAUGUUUCCUUGUAUUGUUUUGUAGCUUGGACUUUGUGUUUAUGUGAACUGAGAUGGACAUCUGACUAUUACUGAUCACAUUAGGCCAUGUGGUGUUCCACACAGGAGUGACACUCUGGUGCCACCUUGAGUUACAACAAAGUUUCAACUCACCAGUACAGCUUGGUGUUUUCUCUGCUCUAAUAUGCACAAGUGUCAUUUUAAAACUAUAUAUUUUCAAGGUGCAUCACCAGUAUCUCUGUUUGUAGUUGUUUCUCUAACGCAUGAUGGGUUACGGCUCACCCACCCUUACACCCAUGCUUUCAUUUUCAUCCAUUCUGUGAUUUUCUCCAGUGAUUUGAUUUAUAUGUUUAAAAAAGAAUGGACAUUUAGCAGAUAAUAAGCCCAAGUCAGAUCUAUCUAAUAAGAUCAGUGUUGAAGGCAGUCCUUCUAAACAGUCUUUACCUCCGGCCUAAGAGUUAAAAUAUUUUUUGUUGUUUAGUAAAACUUGCUGUUGUUUAGUGUAAGCAUGUCUAUGAUAUGCUGAGAAAAGUAACUAGGGCCUAUAUUCUACCAAAAACCACCAGUUCAUGGGGCUUUAACCUCCUUUAACCACCAAUUUUUGCAUUUCCAUUCUGAAUGUUAUUGAGGAUUCCUGUAGAACUGUUUGAGAGACCCUGUUUUUUAUUAAUGCAUUUACUCUUACCAUUUUUGACCGGUGGCUGGACAGUAAUGGCUUGGCAGUACUUGAUUAAAAGUGCCUUGUAUUUGAUGUUGACCAGGUAUUUUGUGUGUUAAGACGUCACCCUCCAAAAUGCUCCAGUGCAGCCAUAAGACAUUAGUCUGACAGUAGUGACCUACUAUAACUAGUGCAAAAUUAAUAACAAACCAUAUAUAUAUAUAUAUAUAUAUAUAUAUAUAUAUAUAUAUAAUUAAUAAAUACAUUAUAAUUGAACUGUGCGAAACACAUACUAAUUUAAGUCAUGCAAACCGUAACAGUCAGAACUGAUACAAUCCUAUUGGACGGUCUCAGCCUGUAAGGUGUAUGGCUAGCAAAAAUAUUUUUUUUUGUGUGUGUGCAUAACAAGUCUGUGCAACCUGAAAACAAGAAGUGGAGUGUUGUCAUUGUAACCAUGCCUGUGUAUGUAUUACACGCAUAUUAUUUGUGAUGAUGUUGGUUUUCCAAACACAUUUGGAGCAUCAGUGCCCUUGAUUUCACUUGCCUGUUGGGUCUUUAAACACUGCACUGCAAGUUUUUUGAUAAAGCUUUCUUGAAUAAAUGUUAUAAUAUGAAAAUUUUGUUUAAUGCUG